UUUAUUCGGAAACAAAUAGAUACAAUGUUUCAACCGCUGUAAAUGUGAAGGAACUGUCAGAGAACUGUCAGAAAUAGCGGAGCUCUCUGCAGAUACACUUUUUGCUGGAAUGGAAUUCUUCUUCAUCCUCAUCCUACUUCUUCUUCUUCUUCUUCUUCAUGCUCAUCCUACUUCUUCUUCUUCUUCUUCUUCUUCUUCAUCCUCAUCCUACUUCUUCUUCUUCUUCUUCUUCAUCCUCAUCCUACUUCUUCUUCUUCUUCUUCAUCCUCAUCCUCAUCCUCUUCUUCUUCUUCUUCUUCUU